CUUUUUGCAGGGUGUCCCCCAUGACAGUGCACAUCCUACUCAGAAAGUACAGCCUUCUCUACCCAGAAGCCCCAGAAGAACAGCAGCCACACCAGUGUGGGGCACUUGCUCACGGUAAGGUAGGUUUGACUGUACCCAUCAUAUCAGCCUGAAUCUAUAUGUAGAUUUUUCUCCACAUAGGGCAUGAACAUCCCUAUGGAAUUAAAAUGAGCCAUCUUCCAGCUACUGUGCUCCUGCAGCGGGGAUCGGAGGACUCCACCUCUCCUUCUGCCCUCCAGGAGGCCUUCCCACUGCAGCAGGAGUCCCAAGAGAUCCAAGGCUGGUUUAUCCUGAAACCCAAGCACACAGCCAGGAACCAAGCCAGGAAUCAGCAGGGGAAAGAUGCAGCCCAAAAGACAGUCAAGAAGAGUUCUGCCAAAAACUGGGCCUUCUGGCGGAGCUUCAGGACUCGCCGGGACAGCCAGGGCCCAGCCCCACCGCCCACAAAGCCAACACCGCUCUUCGGAGUUUCUCUGGAGGAUGUGUGCGAUGAUGACAGCCUGCCCACCCCAAUCCGAGAUAUACUUUACUUUAUCAAUCAAAAAGGGCCACUCACAGAAGGCAUCUUCAGAAAACCAGGCAGUAUAAAAUCAUGCAGAGCCCUACAGGAGAAGAUAAACUCUGGGGACAAAGUGAACUUGGAUGAGGAAUCCGUUCUUGUGGCAGCAUCCGUCUUCAAGGUAGGGAAAUUUCUAGCAUUAUCCACAUAG